AUAAAUGCAUUUGUUGUGUUUUUUUUAUUGCAUUUGUGUUUAAAUUCAUACAUAUUUAGCAAUGGAAAUUUGUAUAAAAUGGACUAUGUGCCGAACAUGCACAACAGAUAGCAGUUCCCAAUUGCAGCCGCUCUUCAAUGAUCCAAAUUUAUCCAAACAGCUGCAGGAAUAUGCUGGCGUAAAUGUGAAACCAGCCGACGGAUUGCCCGACCAAAUAUGUACGGCUUGUAUAGAAAAUCUUCAAUUGGUGCAUUCAUUUCUAUCCGGUUGCAAGCGGGCCGACGAGCAUCUUAGAAAUGUUGUGCGUCGUACGAUGUCCUCGAGGAACAGCUUUCAAAGUCUCUCCAUGGAACCGGACACUCCAGUUGGAACUCAAUCAAAAAUAAGAUCGGAUGCACGACAACGUAAACAAAUUAUUUCUGAGCGCAGAUAUACCAAUCUACAGCAGAAAAAAGGAUAUAGCCGGGAUAAAGAAACGCUCAAAUCGGAGGCAAUAGAAACUCAUCAAAUAGCAGUUGAAAGUGACUUAAUUCACUCUGAAGAUUCUAGAAACGAAGAAUCAAUUUCGGAUUCUCCUGGAAAGAGCGAUGAUUAUUUGCUUGUCGUUAGUAAAUGUAUUGUAAACCCAAAUCAAGAUCAGAAUAUAGACAAUGAGGACACUGAAUAUAUCAUAACCGAUUUAGUUGAAAAUGAUGAUGAUGAUGAUAACGAGGAAGAUGAAGACGACGGCCAAAUGGAACAUAAUGGCUUGGAUAAAUCCAACACAGAGACAUUUGAGCAGCUUAACGAGUCGGAGACUUCUUCUGUAAAAGUGGAGCCAGAUUCCCUUUCAAUUGAUUUGGGUGCCGCCUGUGAAGGAACAAGUUUUCCUAGACAUAGCUGCUCCAUGUGCGGCAACUCGUUCCCAAAUCAAACACAACUCAAGUCCCAUCUGCGCAGUCAUGGCACGGAGAAGAACUACGAAUGCGAAUUGUGCAAUAAACGAUUCAACGCCGCCUGCAACCUGACUACUCACAUGCGCACUCAUACGGGGGAGAAACCUUAUGUUUGUGCCCAUUGUGAUCGCCGGUUUGCGGAUCGCAGCACACAUCGUAAGCAUGAACGCAUGCACACAAAUGAACGACCCUAUGCUUGUAACAUCUGUGCCAAAACAUUUUCGCUGUCCACAACGCUCAAGGCACAUUUUCUAUCGCACUCACAGGAGAAACCUCAUAAAUGUUUCACUUGCAACAAGGGAUUCCGACUGCCUCAUCAGCUGAAGGCACACGAGAAAUCUCACGUUCAUCGCUACGAGCUGGGCAUUAUGCAGUACACUCGGGAGGAGGACGAUUACGUCCGAACUUAACGCAUCUGAAUAGUUUAGUUAAUAAAAUAAUUGAAUAAUUGCUCCUAUGGUAGCUGUAUUAAGUAUUGCAAUUGCAAUACAUAUAGAAUAAAAAAAUUAAUCUAUGAUAAACAAAUUAAA